AUGCCUAUACUCGCCCCUUCUCUUUCUCAUGUUUCACUCCCUCAUUACAGCCCCAAGCAACAACUUCUCUCUCCUACAAUGAAGCCGAUAUCCCUUCCAGAUGCUCCAUCUACUCUGGAGCCAACCGUAGCCCAAAGUCAAGAUGGUCUUGCUCCCAUUGAACAUUCUUUUCCCACUCCAAAGCUAUCGCACGGCGAGCCAACUGUCCACCCAACUGCCCGGCCUGGACUGGCUGUUGGCAGCCACAAUCAUCAUACACAUUAUACAUGCGACCUCGGCACUACAUCUCGAGUCGUGGGUUAUGCCUCCCCGACCCCCAGUAAUGUGGGACACCAUCACGGCAUUCAAAGCCCGGACGAAACCCCAAAUACUACGCCAAAGAAGCGAUCCCGCACCUGGGGAUACACCAGCACCAGUCCAAAAGCGCCUCAUGUUGUCGCCAGACGUCUCCCUCUCCUAACCGUCCUCGCAGCUCUAUACAUGGAUCGUGCCGCAGCCUUUCGCGUGGUUUUCGCAUUCCACUGGGCGUGGCUGACGUAUCUCAUUCUCACGGCCGCCAAUUCCGCCCUCGCCAUCAUAUUCGUGGGCUUGCUCCAGAUCGCCCAACCUGACGAAUGGCCUCCCUUGCACGGCAAUCCAUUUCAAGCAUACACUAUCCAGCGCCUUUGGGAUGUGUUCUGGCAUCAAAUCGGCGCUCUGUCACAGCUGCAUAACGGCCGUCAUUACCCGCAGGGUGUUGAGGCUCGAACCCGGAAGCACUGUGGAAAAGAUGACUCUUGCUCUCUGGGUAUUUGCCGUGUCGGGGACUAUUUAUGCACUUGUGACUUGGAAGACCAAGCCGGAAGCAGAUCCGGUCCGUGA